GUGAUAUUAAAUUUGUUUGUCUAAGCAUGAGAAAGAAGUGCGUAUGCACAUUUUUUUGAAAAAUAAUGAAUGAAAUUACACUGAUCUGUGCUCGUUGUGUUAGAAUUGAGACACGUAAUGACGCGACGUGAAAUGAGUGUCAAAACAAGUACAAGUGUGUUGAAAUCUAUUUCAUAAAAAGAUGAAGUAUUCAAGGUGAAUGAUUCUCGUCGAAAUGGAUUCGGCGGCCCAUGGUCCACAGGAUGAAGAAUUACUACAUCUUACAUUUUCUACGUAACUAUAUUACCAAGAAUUUUUCGAACCAACCUACCGAAUCAAAGGAAAAUAUAAUAAGAAUCUUCAAAUAAAUUUUUUGAGAAUGCAGCAUACGAACGACACAGAGGGCUUGGACCCACUAUGGCUGAAGUCUUACCUGCAUUGCGUGUCGCUGAUGAGCGACACACUCAACAUCUCGGUGAGCGAAGACGUCUGGCUUGCCAUGAUCUCCGUCAACUUUAACAGCGCUUCAAGCGGCGGCAGUUCAAACUCACUUCCAAAUGACAAUGCCUAUGAUACUCCCAUCCCAAGAAUAGAUACUGGCAAUGAUAUUAAUGACUUACGGUACGUUUCUCACCCCAGCAUUCUCAAUGAUGACACAUCUGUUCCGGCACUCGACCUUAUCCCGCCAGAGGGCGCACAUGUGCUAGCCGUAGUGUCGAGUUACUGUGUUAGUAAACUUAUACCGCAGGACCGACCAUUUCUGCUCCCCUGGUGGCAGCAAACUUUGUGGACGCUCGUUUUCGGCGUCAUGCUCGCCGCUGCCAUCGGUGGCAAUGCGCUCGUCAUGUGGAUUGUCUGCGUGACUGGCCAUUUGGUUCGGCGUACUGCGUCUUCAGCAACACCGUCGCUAACAUCACCAUCGCCGCGUCGGUCUUCACUCUUAUGGCGAUAUCAUUCGACAGGUUUUCUUAG